AUGGUUCCUGGACCGUAUGAGGCCGGUGAGAAAGGAAAGCACAAACCCUGGUUCAUCCUUACGGCCGAGUUGAGCCUCUGGCUUCCCGCCUUUGCAUUCAUUCCUUCAGCUAAGAAAUGGUGCAACUUGAAUCUCCUUGAGAAAGCCGAGGAAGGGCCAAGCACAUCCCGAUUCCCCAAGGCCCCAAUCACACCACAUACUACUAUCUCAUCAUUACCCACCCCGAAAACUUAUGUGUACGCAUUCGCCGUUGGCCGUUGGUUCAAUCGUAAGAAUGCCCCCUCCAUCGGGUGUCCGGCUACGCGAGAGCUGCCAAGCGUGUGCGACCUCCAAAAUCAAAUGUUCCAAGGAAAAACCUCAAUGCAACAGAUGCGCGGACAGAGGCACAACAUCCACAAGACAACGCCUUUGUCACCGGCAGUACUGCCCUCUAUGGAAAGGGGAUCGACACCUGAGUUCUCACUCCUGGACUCCCAAUUCGGCACACUUGACACGACAAUGCUGGAUUCGGGUGCUCAUGACUACCUCUCCAUGCUUCCCGUGGAUCUGGAUUUCUCGCCGAUCCCGUCCUACGCAAACGCUAUGGACUCCUCCGACGGCUCUGCGGACGACGCGCUCGGAAUGUCUCACGGACGCUUGGCUGCAGAAGGCUAUGUCCCAUACCAGCCCGAUCUACAUUUUUUUCUCUCCGGCCACGAUGCGGGCGCACAAGAGGAGACCGAGGGAAACGCCGCCGGCACAUCAGAAUGCUCCCUGCCGCACAAGCAGCUAUUCCAAGAACUCGGAAGCCUCCAGUCUCAGGUCUUAUCUCGGCAACCGGAAGGCAUCAGAAUGGCCCUGCAGCUGAUGGGACAGCUCUGCUGUCAGCAAGACAGCCCUCUAGACGCCGACCUCUCCCCCCUGGAGCUUGAGUACCGGGCAAACACGCUCGUGGACGAAUCGAGAGUGGUGACGGACACCGUCAACGAAAUGCUCCAGUGCGCGGGCUCCGACGACGGUUACUUCUUGGCCGUUGUCUGUUUGGUCAUGUCGAAGGUUCUGGACGCCUACGUCAAGGCAGCCCAAGCUCUGGCGGCUCGUGAAAGAGACGGGCAGAGGUCAAGUUCAUCUUCCUCGUCAACAAUGUCUUCCUGGUCGGCUAGUGGUACCGAUUCUGCGUCCAGCGGCUCACCGAAGAUGAAGGGAAAAGACCCCAAAGCCGUCCAGCAGUUACUAGAUGACCUCUAUCAAGUGCGGACAUCGAUGAACCAUCUAGGUGCAAAGAUUGUAUCGGUGUGUUCAAGGCGGGAUUGGCUGCUGGGCGGCGAUCUCACUCCUUCGAGCCACGACUCUGCUUUGCCAGCGUUGCCGUUUUCAGCGGCGAUUUUGAACCAGUUAUACGAAGAACUACGAAGGCGUCUGAGUGCGAUAUCUCUCCUGUUUAUCAACGAAUUGAAGCAGUUCUGGUAUCCUUGCAACGGCCCAGACACCAAUACAUGUAUGUCCAAAGUGCAAAAUUCUCUGUUCGAGCUCUGA